AUGACCCAACAAAAAUUUACUCACACUGCUAUGAGGAGGAUCAUUAAGACUCAAGCCGAAUACAAUACUCUUCUUGUUGACGUUAAAGAUGAACCUCAAGAUGAAAAAGACAGGCUAUUAAGCAACAUCAAGGCGAUCAGAAUAAUCAGGUUCGCUCUUCCUCCAGACACUUUUCGUCUAGUAAGUGCAUGUGAAAAUGUGAAGGAGAUUUGGGACAAGUUGAAAGAGCUUUAUUCAAGUGAUGCACAUUUGGAACACUCCAUUCAAACGUUUCUUCUUUCAGAGUUUGGUGCUUUUGUUCAGAAGUCUGAUGAAAAGCUUGAUCAGACCUUCAAUCGUUUUAAUCAUCUAUUGAGCAGGAUGCUUAAACAUAAUCUCAAGCGUGAAAAGAUUGAGCAAAAGGUUACAUUUAUGAAUGGAUUAAGGCCUAAGUGGAAAGCAGUUGUACCUACAGUGAAAGCUCAUGAAUAG